UGUUAAAUGACUUGAAGUAAAAUAACAGAGUGAUAACGACUUCAAAAUGCGAAGAAACCGUUAACUGGUCUUACGCAUAGCAAUGAAGUAAACUGACUCACAACUGAAUGAAGACUAUUUUGGGUAUAAAUACUUGACAAUUGUUCAAGUUGGACAUCAAUCAGUUCACAGUUUCAACUAAAAGCAACACAACAAAUCAAUCCUCAACAUGUUCAAAUACGCUGUUGUCAUCCUCGCUGUCAUUGCCUGCGCUGCUGCCAAGCCUGGAGUUCUCCUGAACCAACCAUUGGCUUAUGCUGCUCCAGCUGCCGUUGUUGCUGCUCCUGCUCCAUAUGUGACUGCAACCAGCAGCCAAGUGAUUGCCCGCAACUACAAUGGAAUCGCUGCUGCUCCAGUGAUUGCUCCAGUUGCCACUCCAUUGGCUGCUCCAGUUGCUGCUCCAGUCAUUGCCAAGUACGCUGCUGCUCCAUUGGCUGCUCCCUUGGCUUACAGCACUCCUUUGGCUGCUCCUCUUGCCUACAGCGCUCCUUUGAGCUAUGCUGCUUCUGCACCACUUUUGAUUUAAAUUAAUAAACUGUGAUUCGUAAUCUAUAAACAAAA